AUGGCAAUUCAAGCACAGACAAUACGAGUAAAGGUAAAUGGAACACUUUUCUAAAAAUGACAAUCAUUGUAAACUGUUAAGCUGCAAUAGCUUUACACAGCACUUUUACGUUUAAACUUGACUAACAUUUGCGUAAGAAUACCUUGCUCAUGAAUAGCUUUUAAAAAAUAAACAUACAAAAAUAUCAAAACAGCUGUUUAAACCAGGGGACUGCUCACGUAAAAAUCGGUAAAAAUGAUAACAGAUUAUAGACUACUACACCUGAAUUUACACUGAAUUAUAAGUUGCAAUAGUUCGAGAAAUAUGACUACUAAUCAACGAUAAAAGUUUUCUGUUUGUCCGAUAGUUUUGCACAAAUAAUUGCAAAGUUGACAUUGCUAACCCAUUUUUAUAUAAGUGCUAGUGGGAUUUUUUAAUCAAUGUGGUUCAACUAUAACGGUUACUUCUUGCUCAAUAAAACUGAGCAUUCCCGACAGAUGGAGCAGCUGUGUGAGCCUGAACGUAUCGUUAACAUGUACGGUUCUCUACUUAAUUGGUUAAAGAGGCAAGAUUAAGAAAAAAAAAACUAACUCAAACAAAGAGUCAUGUUUGUAUAGAUAGAAUUCCAUUGAUAGUAACCUGGACUUGCGGGGAAAAAUUGCCCCAAAACCAUCCAAUUAGUAUAGGGAAUAAAUCCUUCUUCAUUUUGUAUACAAAGUAAUUUUAGAAGACCAAGAGAGAAUUUCGCAAUACUGUCCCUCAGUUUAUCAAGGCUUGAUUCAGUCCCGUCUGAGACUUUUAUCCUGGUAGGUACUUUGUCCCCUACCCGUACGACAUCUGCGGCGACUGAACUUUAAGUACCUCCAUGAUGAUAACAAUAUUAAUGGCAAUGACAAAAUGAUUGAUAGCUAACAAACAACAAUUUCCUAUGUCCUCACUCUUAAAGAUCAUAGCAAUCUUUAUAAAAACCUGAAGUUCCGAACAUUUCCGUGAUCUUGAAUGAUGGAGAGUUGUUGUCUAUUAAAAUCGAAAGUUUUAAACGGCCAGUUCACUUCGGCGAAUUUUUCGAACUUGCGCGCGAGAGAAAAAGAAAAAUAAUUUGCGUCAUCGUUACCGACAAUGGCGUAAUUUUUUAACAACAAUAUUGAAACUUAUAAUUUUAAACGACCAUUUUUGGAGAAUUUUUCGUGGACUCGCGCACGAGAGAAAAACAAAUUAUGCCGCCAAGACCAGGUAUUUUCAUUGCCAUUGAAAUGUCUCUGGUCUUUAAACGAUGACACAGUUUGUUCCCCUACACAUUGAGAGCAGCUCCCGUACAAUAAAUGGGUAAGAAAUUAGUCCCGCACUUAUUGUAAAAUUGACGAUAGACUGUUAUUGCAUUUUUUUUCAGUUGCAAUCCUGGAUAACUGUUCUAGUUAUUCUAAUGUUCACAACAUCAUUUCAAGGCUCUGACGGCCGUCCAACAUCGCGCAAUCUCACCGAUACUAGGUGCCUGCAUAGAUUGCGCCAUCGGUACCUAUUCGUGGAAUACGGUUUGCAUCCUUCCAACGAUACGCAAAUCAAUGGCGAAAGUAACCGCUACAGCGGGGAGAAGGGAGGUACUACAGGAUAUUGUCCGUGGGUUUGGGCUUUUGACGAAGACGUUGACCGAAUUCCUAGGUAUCUAGCGAAAGCUGAAUGUCCUCUAUGCGGGUUUCAAUGCCGACAGGUUCGUUACUGGCACAGUACUUUGGUCCAGCGGUGCACUGGUAGAAGUAGCGCGUUUUGCACGUGGAAAAGAAAGGAAGUCCCGUUGGCAAUAUCUUUUAUUUAUGACCCUUAA